AUGUCUAAGAGAAGAAUCCAAGAAGAAGAAGAAGAAGAAUCAGAUAUUGAUAUCAGCAGUACCGAUUCAGAAAACUCUGAAGGAGAAGAAGAAGAAGAAGAAGAAAUUGUUAACGUUGAUUUUGAUUUCUUUGACAUCAACAAAGAUAUUGAUUUCCAUGCUAUAAAGAACUUAACUCGUCAACUCCUGGGUGAAGAUUCCAAAAAGUUACAAAUUUCUCCAUUAGCUGAUUUGAUUUUAGAAGCACCAACAAUUACAAUUAAAACUGAUGGUAAAGAUUCAGAUCCAUAUGCAUUUUUAUCAGCUUUAAACUUGAAGGAAUUGAAAAGUAAUGAUUAUAUCAAAUAUAUUCAUAAGGCUGAUGCUCAAUUAUCUUCAAAUUUAAAUAAAAUUUCACAUAAAAAUAAUGCCUUAUUACUUGGUGAAAGAAUGAUUAAUAUGCCAAUUCAAGUGAUACCUGCAAUUUAUAAAUUAACACUAGAGGAAGCUGAAAAGGCUAAUGGAGAAGCAUAUGAUAAUUAUUUAUUACCUUCAAGAAAAUAUGAAAUCAAUGAAGAAACUGAAGAUAAUUCUAAAAAAAGAAUUAAAACUGUUGAAGUUGAUUUCUUCCAUUUUGAAGAUCAAUUUUUUGAAGAAAAUGCUUCUUUUAAAACUCAAUUACAAUCCAGAGGUGGUGUUUUACAAACUUUUAUGGUUUUAACUCACGACAACUUAAUUAAAUCUAUAAGUCAAUUAGAAGAUACAAUUUCAGAAAUUUUCGGUUAA